GUUGGCCUUCCUUCCAUGAUGUGAUCAGUUCUGAGGCAAUCACAUUCACAGAUGACUUUUCCUAUGGGAUGCACAGGGUGGAAACAAGCUGCUCUCAGUGUGGUGCUCAUCUUGGGCACAUUUUUGAUGAUGGACCUCGUCCAACCGGCAAAAGAUACUGCAUCAAUUCAGCAUCCUUGUCUUUCACGCCUGCAGACAGCAGUGGGGCAGAAGGAGGCAGCGGAGCCAGCAGCCCAGUUCCAGCAAACAGAGCAGAGCUAUAGAGUCAAGGGACACAAUGGAAACAAAGUGUACUUAAUGCACAGCUUAUU